CCCAGACUGCGCUCCCUGCCUUCCCCAGCGGCAGGAAGUUGGCGCCGAGGAGAAGGCGGAAUCCGAGCGCUUUCAGUCGCAGACUGGGAGGCAGGACAGCGAGCCCCGCGAUCAAGGGUUUGGGGAGUGUGUAUGGGGGUGUAGGGCGCCCCUCCUGGCUAACUCGGGCUGGGCGAGGGCGAAAGGUGCUGCGCGCCCUAGAGCUUCCAAGCCAAGGGGCGGGGCCCCGGGGAAGGCAGUCGCCCACUGUCUGCUCAUCUGGCUCUCUGCCUCAGUUUCCCUGAGUAGUUCGUCUCCUCCAGUCCGCCCGCGGGGGCGUGGCUUUGUUCUUGAGGGACAGGGAACGUGACUGCGUGGCUCCGGCGCGUCGUCUUUAUCCUGGGGAUGGGGCCUGGGUGCAGACGUGCGUGCCACAGACCCCGUGUGGUCCCGGGCCCAGCAGAGCGUCGGAACCUCGCCCCCUCCUCCGGCACGAAUUGACUCACCCGGGGAUUUCCACCCCCUCCCCCGAGUCCGCCCUAGUCAGGUGCUCCGGGCGCCACGCGCUGUGCCCACCGUCCUCCGCGUGGCGCAACGCGGGUGCAGCAUUCGUGGUGCGGCUGCUGCUGGAAUCUCCCCCCACCCCAACCCCCAGUGCUCCGGGAAUGCCAAGGCGGGGCCCCUGGGACGGAGAGGAGCCCCCCACCCCCACUUGGAGAUGUUGGGGGUCCCGCGCGUGUGGCUGUCGCGGGAGAGAGGAGGCGCGGCCCCAGCGGCUGCGAGUGUGGAUACCGCGCAUUCCACGGCCAGAUAAGGAGCUCUGACAGCCCCAUGGCCCCGGCCGGCCACUGAGCCCCACCAUGGGCAGCCUGUACUCGGAGUACCUCAGCCCCAGCAAGGUCCUGGAACACUAUAAUUACACCAAGGAGACACUGGACACGCAGGAGGCCUCCCGCCAGGUGGCCUCGACGCUGAUCAUCAUUCUCUGCUGCGCCAUUGUGUUGGAGAAUCUUCUGGUGCUCAUCGCGGUCAUACGCAAUAGCAAGUUCCACUCGGCCAUGUACCUGUUCCUGGGCAACCUGGCCGCCUCAGACCUCCUGGCGGGCGUGGCCUUUGUCGCCAACACCUUGCUCUCGGGCCCUGUCACGCUGCGGCUGACACCCGUGCAGUGGUUCGCCCGCGAGGGCUCUGCCUUCAUCACGCUCUCCGCCUCCGUCUUCAGCCUCUUGGCCAUCGCCAUCGAGAGGCACGUGGCCAUUGCCAAGGUCAAGCUUUACGGCAGUGACAAGAGCUGCCGUAUGCUGCUGCUCAUCGGCGCCUCGUGGCUCAUCUCGCUGGUGCUCGGUGGCCUGCCCAUCCUUGGCUGGAACUGCCUGGGCCACCUGGAGGCCUGCUCCACCGUCCUGCCGCUCUACGCCAAGCAGUACGUGCUCUGCGUGGUCACCAUCUUCUCCGUCAUCCUGCUGGCCAUCGUGGCCCUGUAUGUCCGCAUCUACUGCGUGGUCCGCUCCAGCCAUGCCGAUGUGGCUGGCCCGCAGACGCUGGCCCUGCUCACGACCGUCACCAUCGUGCUGGGCGUCUUCAUCCUCUGCUGGCUGCCCGCCUUUAGCAUCCUCCUCCUGGACUAUGCCUGUCCCGUCCGGGCCUGCCCUGUCCUCUACAAGGCCCACUACUUCUUCGCCUUCGCCACCCUCAACUCGCUGCUCAACCCUGUCAUCUACACGUGGCGCAGCCGGGACCUGCGCCGGGAGGUACUGAGGCCUCUGCUGUGCUGGCGGCAGGCGGCGGGGAUACAGGGACGGCGGAGCGGGACCCCGGGCCACCGCCUCCUGCCCCUCCGCAGCUCCAGCUCCCUGGAGAGGGGCACGCACAUGCCCACGUCGCCCACGUUUCUGGAGGGCAACACGAUGGUGUGAGGGACACGUGGGCCGACAGCCAGGCCACAGCAGAGUGCCCUGCGGAGAGGCGCCGAAUGACCUUGGACAGAGAUGUGGGGCUGCCAAGCAAGAUGUCCCCACACCAGAGACCUGGGUGAUACUGAAAAUGUUUCACGCCCGGGACAGCCGGCUGAGGCACCGACCAGUCACGUGGCCGAGCUGCAGCAGCGUCGUGGAGACAAGUGCGGUGACCUGUGUGGCCCCUUGAGGACUAGAUCAUGAGGAGGUCUGGGAGACCCGGAAAGGGCCCGGGUGACAGCAGGCAGGCGCUCGAGAGGAGCUGAGGGCAGGGGCGAUUGACAACCCGGUACGAAGGAUUUCAAGAUUUCACCACUGUCUGACCCUCCGCCCUGUGCCAGACUCCUUUGAAUUUAUCUGUUUUGCCACUUUCUCCUGGCAACCUCAGGCCACUUCCCUGGAACCACUGUCCCGAGAGGCUGGAGGCCUCCUCCCUGACCGUCCCAGGUGGCCCUGGCUGACAGUUCUGGGGCUCAAAGCCACACCUUCCCCAAAUUUCACCAGCUGCCUCACUUUAAGAGAUGCUGGGAAACCACAGGGUGGAGGUCGGGGGCCGGGGGCUAAACCCCAUUCUCAGACCUCAUUGGCGAAUUGCACUAUUUGGGGCACGGAGGAAUCGCCAAGGACUGGAAAAACCGGUCUGGGGGCCCUGAAGAGGGCUCUGGGCCUCCCAGUGGGGCAGGGUGGAACUUGAGAAAGUUCUAGGGGGAGCUGUCUGCCCAGGAACCCCACCCCCCGCCCUUCGCCAAAAACAGCGACCCCCAAGCUACUGCCACCUCCAGCCCCAGCCGAGGUCCCAGAUCUCCUAAGAAAGGGGAGCCUGGAGCCCGCUGUGCCUCCUUUCAAGUUGUAUUGAACGGAGCAGGAGGUGGGGGUGCCAAGGACGUUUGUGGGGCGCUCUCCCCUGACCUGCCCUGGAAGGACUUGGCUAAAUUCUGUGGCUAGAUGGAAGGGACAUUGCGGUACAAAUGUAUAUUUAUGUGUGUCUGUCUGUGCAUGUGUGUGUGUGUGUGCAUGCGUGUGUCACGUCUGUGACCCCCUCUCCCCACCGCGUUUCCCCAGAGUGGAUGCUAUUCUGUCUCCUCAUGUCCGUGUCGAAACUGCCAAAGAGGGCUCCGGCCUUGCACAGACUCCUGUCACUGCUGGCUCAUCUCCCCAGUUUCAGAGCUUCGGGAAGGAAACCUCACACCUCAGAGUGAUCUCUUGUGAAUGCACAGGCUGGGGAGGGGGGCUUUGGGGGGCAAGGAGCCAGUUGGGGGCUUGUCUCCCCUCAUACAGCUCCCCAGAUGCCCCUCGUGCCUGAGACCCAGGCUCAUGCCGAUCAAUAAACGGUUCAGUUUCUCCUGGUGGUGGUUGUC